AUGAAGGUUCUCUUCUGGAAUAUCCGUGGCAUUGGUAACGAUGACUCUCGGACGGAACUCUCUAACAUCUGUCGGUUGCAUCACCCGGAUUUGGUUUGCAUUGCGGAGCCUAUGGUGACUUUUAAUUCUAUUUCAGCUACUUAUUGGGAUUCUUUAAAUCUAUAUGCUCUUACUUUUAAUUCUAGAGGAACUCUUGCUCCCAACCUUUGGUUACUAACAUCUUCGGCUUGUGCAGACCCUUUAGUUAUUUCUAUCUCGGAUCAACAGGUUACAGUUCGCUGUACUUUUGACCAUAUCCCAAGCCAGUUCACAUUUGUUUAUGCAAGCACUUCACCUAUCAAAAGAAGAGACUUGUGGGCUGAUUUUAUCUCUCUGCGCCCACAAACACAAGUUCCAUGGAUGGCUAUUGGCGAUUUCAAUGCUAUCCUGGGCGCCCACGAGCAGAUAGGAGGAGGCAGACCGUCCCAAGCUUCAAGUGCUCAGUUUAGUAAUAUGUCUGACACUUGUAACUUUACCCACUUGAACACAUCUGGGGCAGCCUUUACAUGGUCUAAUGGCUGGAGGUCACGUGGUCGCACUGAAAGAAGGUUAGAUCGCUCAUUGUGUGAUAUUAGCUGGUUUGAUUCUUGGCCCCACUCUAACUGCAUAGCAUUGCCAAAGGUAGUCUCAGAUCACAACCCCCUUAUCUUCUCUGGUUCUAGAGUUUUGAGUAGUGGUCAUCGUCCUUUCCGUUUUCAAUCAAUGUGGGUUCAACAUCCAUCUUUUCGAGAAACUGUAACUCAUUGCUGGAGAAAUACAGUUGUCUAUGGUUGUCCUAUGUUUAUCAUUCUGCAAAAAUUGAAAGCUCUAAAAACCUGCUUGCGCCAAUGGAAUUUUUCGGUCUUUGGUGACGUCCAUAAUAGAGUGGCUAAUGCUCGGCAUAAUCUUUCUAUGAUUCAACAAAGAAUUUCAACUGAGGGUAUAAAUAAUGAUCUUUUCGAGGAGGAGAUUGUCGCCAAGACUACAGUAAUGGAGUCUCUCCAAAUGCAUGAGGCAUUUUGGAAAGAUAGAGCUCGUGUUAAGUGGUUAACUAAAGGGGAUAGAAAUUCUUCUUUCUUUCAUGCCUAUGCUCGUAUUAAAUCAUCCAGCUCUCAUAUCAGUUGUAUUCUUGAUGGAAACAAUCUUCUUACUGACCCGCUGGCAAUUGAGAACCAUAUUGUUAAUUUCUAUCAGACUUUGUUCUGCUCUUCUUUCACCCCUUCAUGUAUUGAUGAGGUUUGUGAAGUCAUCCAGCCAAUGGUCACAGACUCUGAAAAUGAUCUCUUAUCUGCAUUACCUACUGAUGAGGAAAUUAAGGAGGCAGUUUUCUCAUUAAAUGCUUCCAGUGCGCCAGGGCCAGAUGGUUUUCCAGGUUUUUUCUAUCACCAUUGUUGGGAUAUUGUCAGCUUUGAUGUUAUUCAAUUUGUGAAGCAAUUCUUUCAAUCAAAUUGGUUAUACCCCAAUGCCAAUAGUAAUUUCUUAGUUUUGAUUCCGAAGUUCGUCUUUCUCAUGUUGUUCAACGCAUUAUUUCUCCGCAUCAAGCUGCUUUUAUACCUGGCCGUCGUAUCACAGAUUGUAUUGGCCUUGUUUCAGAAUGUUUCAAUGUGCUUGACAAAAAAAACUCGUGGUGGCAAUAUGGGAGUCAAAGUUGAUAUAGCUAAGGCUUUUGAUACUUUAGAUUGGUCAUUUCUUUUGCGGAAUUGUCGUUGGGUGAUUGGAAAUGGUUCUACUACUUCCCUUUGGGUUGAUAAAUGGCUGGAUAAGCCUAUUGUGGACGUCGUUGGUGCAACAGAGAUUGCUCCUUCUUUAUCUCGUACUAAGGUCUCAAAUAUUAUUCGUAUGGGAAAAUGGGUUAUUCCUUUUAUUUUUUCUUCUACUUUCCCAGACCUAACUAAAGAGAUUUUAGAAAUGCCUCUUCCAAUUGAUGAGGAUAAGGACGUUUUAAUUUGGGAAGUUUCUACUUCUGGUGUUUUUUCGUUCUCCGAUGGCUAUGAAAUUGUUCGUCAUCGGUUUCCUGUUAAGAGUUGGGCUUCCAUUAUCUGGCGUCCUUUCAUCCCACCUCGUUACUCUAUUUUAGUUUGGAAGAUUCUAUUCAACAAGCUCCCAACGGAUGAUCAACUUCAGCGCAGAGGCAUCCCGCUGGCUCCAAUAUGCCAACUAUGUCACAAGAAUUCUGAAUCUAUUGACCAUUUAUUUCUCUAG